AUGGCUGGAAUUAUCACAAUCGUUUCAAGUACUGGAAAUCGUGUUCACCACAUUCAUGUAUUCUAUUGUUUACGACUACACAUAAGAUCUAAGAGUCAUAGCUUCACAAAGGUCAAAGGCAUGACAUCAAAGAUGCAUGAUAUGUACGAUAACGGAGGAAUGGCAAAAGAAGUUGAUGAUCAACAAAACUACUGUGGUCGGCGAACCUGCUCUGAUGGUGCUCGGCGAACCUCCUCUGACGGUGUUGCUACCUACGGCGACUAUGGAAGUCGUCGGAUGUCGGCAAUGGAAAUUGGCGAAUCGCUAGACAUCGACGUUCGGUGGAUGAAGCUCGAGUGGCUGGAUCGACUAGAGGCAUAA